AACCGUGAGAACCUGACGAACCCGCAGGGAGGCACAUGCAUGGCCUAGUCACGCGAAAUCCCAGUUGUAUCGCCCCUACGCCUUUCUCUCCUCAUGAGUGUUCUGGCAGAAGGAAUAAUCCCCAGGUUUUGGCGUCACCACGUAUCAGCCGGUGACAGAUAUUUAAUAACACCCACGCCUACUCGUCCGUCUGUCUUGAGGCGGUCCUCCAUCGUGAAAACAGACUCUUCUCUUCCCUGUACAUACCCGAGCCAACAUAUCCUCGUAUUAAAAGCGAUGGCCACCAAGAAGCAGAAGAUCCCUAAAAGCAGUUGGGACUGUCACAAAAACACUAUACUCAGUCUUUAUCUUACAUCGGACCUAACUGUGGGUAAAUUGAUGCGUACUAUGCACGAAGAACACGCGUUCUCUGCUAGUGUCUCCCAGUUCGAGGCUCAGCUUAGGAUAUGGAAUGCCCGUAAGAAUCUGACAAGGGAGGAGUGGACAGUAGUCCUUGACCAAAUCGACAAUCUGGCAUCCCAAGGAUUACAAUCUCGCGUGGUCAUCUCUGGCCAUGCUGUACCGGCCACAAGAGUCGAUAGGGCAAGGCGUCACUGCAGAGCCAAGCCUCCAGGACCGCGGAAGCGCCGCCGAGAUGAGCCCGCUUCCGUUGGAUGCGCUACAGUGAGCCACGAUGUCAGCAAUGUCGUAAUUGAGACUCAGGACAGAGAUGGUCGAUGGUCUCCUUACGACGCUUCGGCUCGCGAACCCUCUAUCAGACAGCAGAUGGUGCCCGACCCAAUUGCCGAGCCCAUUAUACGAGAGCGGGACGGACAGAAUGAUCAAGACGGUAAUACUAUGCGGAUUUCUGAAGACGGUGUGCCCCAUCCGUUCCAGGAUACGAUUGCCGCGUUACCAAUUUCCCUUCCAUCCUGGACCCCCGACUUCACAGCCGAGACUUCGCUCUGGGUUGUCGAAGAUGACAUUCAGGCGGACUUUCCGAUAAUAAACUCCGGGGCUCCAAAUACAAGCCUUCUAACACAACAUGAACAUAAUUUAGAGAUCGCCUUUCCAGCAUAUGAAUUGGCGAGUCCGUCACAGUAUAGGAGUCUAUGCCUAAACCAUUUGCCAUUCGAGCAAUUUGAACGCGAAAUCGGACCGGGAUGUCUCGUACGAGCCAUUCAAACUUUCCCGACGCACAGCUACCGAUCCUUGUUUAAAGAUCAGUGGCUAACUACGCUAUUCCCGGUCGAAGCGACAGCAGCUCUGGCAGAGGUGGAUGGAAUCUCCGGCCGCCAACCUAUCUACCACGCGAGACUUACGCUCGAUAUGUUGAAUACAAUUCUCCCCAAACACCAGGACAACUACGAGGGCGGCGCAAUAACCCACACUUCCAGGGAAUUAGAGCUGCUCCGAGUGCUCCUGUUCUCGACAGCGAACGGAUUCGUGGGCAUGGGUGGUGUACCUAUCGGGAUCAUCAGCCGCAUUUUCAAGCAGAACACCAAUAUCAUGUCGCUGUUGGCACAGGUUUUCAAAGAAAAUCGAGGCCACGUCACGAAAAGCCUGGCGGAAAACUUGUUUCGGUCGGCAAUAGAGUCGGGCGACCAUGAAGUUGCCAGGUUCCUCCUCCAAACCGACCUGGUAGAUGUGAAUAAGACGGCUUGCUUUGGCGCGACUGGAGAGACGUGCACUCCCCUAGAACGGGCCGCCAUGCUUCGAAACCUCGGACUCAUGUCUGAGCUGUUAGGAUUCGAUCCAGACGCGAAUCUGUCGUCUCCCUCGAGAGGCCAAUACGACCGUGCGUUGAGAGAGCUAGUAUAUGGAAUAUGCCCCAACAAGGGAGGUGAACGCAAUCACAACAUGUUCACUCCCGAAUAUCUCGGCUUGGUGGACGCUCUACUCCAGGCAGGUGCCAGACCACGCCCAGAAAUAAUCAUCACAGCGCUUAAAAGGUUUGCCCGAAUGGACCUAGCUAAGAGGCUCAUAUUGCCGUAUCUGACCGGGGUUCACUUCUCGGAGACUCUAGCAGAACAAGGGUAUUAUGACCAUGAGACGGUCCUCGAUGCGAUCGUAAAAGAGUUUGGGGACGAGGAGGCAACAGAAAUCACAACUAAGAUCCUAUCCGGCUGCGAGCCGAGCACAUGUGAGAGAUGCGUGGGAAGCUUCAUGAAAACGAUAGGUGAGGCAGUAAUCUUGGCCGCUAGAAAAGGCCUUGUACGUUUCGUGCAGGCUUUCUUUCGAUAUGCGACGAACCCAACCUCAGUCUUGAGCGCGGCUAUUCAGAGUAGCAACGACGAGCUGAUCGAAUUUGUACUUUCCAAAAAGCCCGAUCUUGUCGCCGAUCCUGAGUACGUUAGUGGAAUGUCAUUCGGGUCGACACCAUUAUCCUCGGCCAUUCUCGCAAAGGACCCAGUGCUGAUCGCCAGGCUUGAGAGAGAGGGCGCGCUGAAAUGUAUUACAAGAGAUGACCAAUUCAAAUCAGCAAUUUGCGCCGCGUCUGAAGCAGGCAAUAUCGCAUACCUCCGGAAGCUGUGUUCUCUGGGCGGAAAUUCCAAACUAAAAUAUUUUAUCCCAGCGUUACACGUUGCUUUCAAGCACCAGCAAGAAGACGCCGUGCACCUGUUGGUUUCGACUGGGGCGGUGGGCGAGCCCACGUGGCUGUGGGUGGAAAGGUCUGUGUUGACCGACGUUUACAGGUGGCGCAACCCUCGAAUUCUGGCUUGCUUGCUGUCUGCUUUUCCCAGGCUAGCCUUUAAUAGCAUAUUAGACCCGAUGGAAUUGUCGCGACUCGAAAUUCUUUCUAUCAACACAGAAGGCCAUGACCGGGAAAUAUGUGACAGGCGCGAUCUGGCCACGUCUAGGGCACAUCUGACGAGGUAUCUCAUACUAGCAAUCCUAGAAGGCGACGACGAGAUAGCCCAUCGCCUUAUUGCAUCGGGCGCAGAUGUACUAGACGAGGGAGUACUCGUAAUGGCGGUGCGACACCCGAACAUACUACGAAUGCUCCUAGAGCACAUUCCACCAUUUAUCACCUGCAUGCCGCAAUUUGGAAUACUAGCGAUCAUGCAAUCGAUCGGCGGACCUGCCCGAGUCGCCAACAUCGAAGCCCUAGACAUCCUCCUUGCCUGCAGGCUAGUCGACCUCAAGUCUGCAAUCCCGUGGGCAACCCCACACUACCUCUCAGGCGAUUUCUCUGGAAAGACGCCGCUCUGGUGGGCAAUGGAAAAGGACAUAUUGGACUAUCCCCUCGAGUACCUUUUGACCAAGAAGCUCCUCGAAGCUGGUUGUGAUAUAAAUGCGAUCGCGAAGUCCGGUAGCGGAGAGAAGACCAGCGAGACACCGCUAUUAGCCGCCAUCGGGGCUAGAAAGCUCGACCUGGUCCAGCUUCUCAUCGAGCACGGCGCGGACGUGAACCGUGAACUUAGAUACACUGUAAGAAAAACUCCACUGCAGGCUGCUGCGGAACUAGGUUGCCUCAAUAUCGUCGAGCUGCUGCUUCAAUGCGGAGCAAAAGCCGACGCCGAGCCAGCUGAGUUCCACGGCGGCACGGCCUUGCAGUUCGCGGCUAAGGGUGGCAAUUGCAACAUCGCCAUGCUUCUGCUGGAAAACGGUGCGUCACUGUGCACGCCUCCCUCCACUUUUGGUGGAAGAUGGCCCCUCGAAUACGCCGCCGAGUUCGGCCGGCUGGAUAUGAUCCAGCUCCUCUGGAACGCGAGCGUCGUGGGCUUCCCAGCCGAGCAAUGUCGCAAAGCAAUGGAUCUUGCUGAAGAAAACGGUCAUGGGGCGUGUCGAGAUCUAGUCCGGGAGCUGGCUGUAUCGAGCGGGAUCAUGCCCGUGCUGGAAGACUCGACGACCCCAAAUUGGGGUCAACUUGAUAUCACGAAUAUGGCCUGCUGAUGGUCGUUUCAUUCAAACCGUCGAACGGAAUUGGACAAUAGUUUCACUGUGGUUUUUUCUCUUGUUGGGAUCAUCGACGACUUAAGGGAUGGAAUGACUUUCGUGUGGAGAAAGAUGGUCAUUAGAGUUGCCGGGGUUGCCAACCUGCAGCCUAUAACUACAUG